AACACUACAUCGCCAAGCUACACACAAUGCAAUAUGCUGCGUAGCACGCUGUAUCGUGUGUACUUUGCAUUACAGUAUUCAGCCCCGAUAAAUGGGCAACACGUAACACUUUAGUGCUUUAUAAGGCCCCUAUUAUAAAAUUGUAAAUCUAUCAAGUGAUAAAUAUUAAUUUGUGUUACGAUUUCACACAAAUCGGUGUUAUUUCUUCAUUUAAAGGUUGAAAAUGUCUUCCUGCGCAAAUAUAAGUGAUGCUUUGUCAAGUCACAAUUUGGAAUUUGCUCCAAUGCGAAGUUUGGACGAAUUUAUGUUCGGUUCUGCUCGCUUUCAAAUACCAAAUGUGAGAGAUUUGGACAAAUGGGGCAAUCGUGUUGUGAAAAAUUUACUUUAUUAUCAAACAAAUUAUUUUGCAAUGUGUCUGGGAAUUUAUGGUUUAUUGAUUAUAUUAAACCCACAGAAAUUUUUUUGUGGUUUAAUCAUUCAGUCAAUAAUAAUUGCGGUAUUAUUGCGUUUUUUUGUAAAAAGGCCACAUUCUAAAUUCAAACUUACGGCCAGUUGGUCGAAUAUUUCACAAGGAAAUACUAAUCAAAAAUGGUAUUUUUUGGCAUGUGUUCUGAUAUGCGGGUACCUGUUUUUGCAUUGGUCAAAUGCAAUUUUUUUGACAAUAUUUACCGUAUUGUUACCAGUGUCACGUAAGUACUACUCUCUUUAUAAGAGAUAUUUAAUUAAAGAGUAUGUAGUUUGGAUGAGCACAACGCCAGAGUGAGUUUUAUUUUCAUUAAUAAAUUUGGUAUAGAGGAAAAUGCCUUGAGGCUGAGCUUUAGUCUUCAGCUGCUUUCGAUAUUGUAAACAAACAACCAGGAAUUUCGACAUGAAUCUUCGUAAGAAUGUCGACAGAAAUAUUCGGGAAAACUUUAGUAUAGAGCCUGUGAUCAGGAAUGGUUAAUUAUCCAAAAUAUAAAUUUUGUCGCGCGCAAUUUUUUAGUUCAAACGUUAUAAACAUCUAAAGUCACACUUUUCAUAUGCAAAGAGCCUGUUUCUGCUUUACUUAUAAACAUACUAACAUCCCUUGGCUAGGCAAGCGUUGCCUUGUGUAGAACUGUAUUCUCGUAUUUUCAUUUUGGAAUUUCUUUUUAAUAUAUGUACAACACCAAAAUUCAAAGUAAUUGCUUUACGUACAAAAAUUGAAGGAUAAAAAUCCAAUAUUUUUGUAAUUUUAAAUUUAAAAUAUAUCAAAAACUAGAGGUCUCCGGUAGGCUAAGUCAUCUGUGUCUGAGAGAGAAUGGAGCCCCUUUCACCCUCUAUAACUCACUUUUCACCAACUGGACGCAGGAGUACUGGCUCGAAUUACAUGUGAAGUUCGAUAACGUGAAUAUUCCGACCAUAAAUAUACCAAAGAAAUUGGGAGUCACACUACAUACAGGCACCCAUUUACUUCGCGUACGACCGUAAUUGCCUCAAAACUCAAGAGCCGCAACAAAAAACAAAUACUCAAAGUGAUAGCCGGCAGCACCUGGGGUAA